GUUUAAAUACGUUUUUACUCAAAGCGUGUUCGGUUGAUUUUAAAAAUCAGAAUUAUAAUAAUACAGUCAAGAAUAAGAAGAAGUUCUGUAAAUAACAGACAGACAAAGCAUUUAAAUUUCAAACUUAUCUCGAAUUGAGAAAUAAAAGUCGUCCACAAUGCCUAUAACAAGUAUUCUCAAGAGAGCCACAAGCUACAUAUUAGGAAGUGGUGAGGAUGAAAUGACUAUCGAGGAUUUCAAUUAUGAGGACAAUGAGAUUUUAUUCUGUAAGAAUAAUGUGUGCGUACAUCCACCGCUUUUAGUACGUGAUCCUGAAAGUGACACUUGUCAUUUCUCCGGAUAUUUAACGCUAUGUACAAAGACAUUCAUAGAUCAACAUAAUUUAGCAAAACGUCCAACCUUAUUAUUAUCAUGGAUUCCCAACUCAACAUUAAGGAAAUGUCCAUUGGAAUUAGAAAAUUGUUCGCCACAUCACUUACCAAAAACAGCCAUAGCCGUACAAAAGAGAAUGCAAUUAAAGGAAGAAGAUGAAGACAUAACGUUUAAUCAUGCUAACAAUAACGGAAGUGACAGCAAGAGCAUCAACAGUAAUAACAACAAUAUUCAAAUUCAGAUGAUUAAUACAACAAAUCCCUUCCUAGAAAACUACGUGGACCCAGAAGAGUUGGCAUUACAGCAACAAAAGCAACAGGAACAACUGAAUUCAGUUCAGCCACCGUCAGACAGCAAGUCUAUGAACUUUUCCGAUUAUUCUGAGACUAUCAGCAUUUCAUCGAGUUCCGAUCAUGUAAGUGACUACAACAAUUGCUAUACAAAUACAGUUGCGACAAGUCAAGCACCGACAUACAUCGAGGAAGAUGAAGGAAUUAUUGACUCGACACAAGAUGAUAAUAUGGCAAUGAAUGACGAUGAAAGAAGUAAAAAUGAGAAAAAUGAAAUAGAAGACGAAGAAGAGCGUGAAUUAAAGGCUGAAUUAGAGCCAUUGCUUAACGAAGACGAAUUUUCGGAUCUAAAAACACUGACGCGUCAAACAUCAGCUCCUGUCUCAAAAUCAGCAGCGGCUCAUUUAUUAAAGAAUCUCAAACAACAUCAAUCGAUGACGUCAGUAAAUAUUACAAUCGCAAAUCCACAAGUUGAGAAUAUUGACGUACCUGCUGCGUCUGACAUUAAUGAUGACUCAACAACAAAGCAAAUUAUACGAUCUAUGUCAAUUUCAUCUGUGGAUGAAAAUAAUCCAAAUUGGAUGACGGCUGAGAUGUACGCAUAUAAAAAUAAUCUUAUGUUUCCAGAAAGUGUUAAUGCAUCACCAAUUGUCACUAGAAAGCAGAAUCAAGUUUCAUCGAAAUGUCGUCGAUUCUCUGUGGAUCUCAGUCAAAUGCGUUCCUUAAGAUUAUUCUUUAAUGAUGAACAAUGCACGUCAGGACAGCUCGUUAUUGCCAGUCGAGAAAGUCAGUAUAAAAUCUUGCACUUUCAUCACGGUGGAUUAGAUCAUUUGGCACAAGUCUUGCAUCAAUGGCAUUGUUUAUUGCAUAAUAUUAAGGCUUCGCCUGGACAUGAUGAAGUCAAUUUGCCGUAUCGUCAAUUUAUGGUCUGUCGUCCGGAAGUGCGAAAGAGUGAAUUGCAUCCUGAAGAAGGAAAAGUUCCAAAAAUUACAACUGAAUAUUUCUAUGGACAAUUGGUAAAUGAAAAGGGUCAGAUUGAGGAUGACUUGCAAUUAAGAAAAUGUGUCUUCUUUGGUGGACUUGAGAAGAAUUUAAGGAAGACAGUGUGGCCAUUCCUACUUCAUUGUUAUUCCACUAGUUCUACAUUCAACGACCGAGUCGCUCAAUCGGAAUUAAGAAAACGUGAAUAUGAUGAAUUGACUAGAAGACGACUUUACUCGAUGUCGCCAGAAGAGCAGGCCAAAUUUUGGAGAAAUGUUCAGUGUGUCGUUGAAAAGGAUGUCGUCCGAACAGAUCGAGGAAAUCCAUAUUUUGCUGGCGAAGGAAAUGUUAAUAUUGACACAAUGAAAAACAUACUGCUUAAUUUUGCAUUCUACAAUCCUGGAAUUGGCUACACUCAAGGCAUGAGUGAUUUAAUGGCACCCGUCCUAUGUGAAUUGAAAAAUGAAAGUGAAACAUUCUGGUGCUUUGUUGGUCUCAUGCAGCGUGCAAUUUUCGUCUGCACACCAACUGACAACGAUAUAGAUAAACAUUUAAAAUACUUACGUGAAUUGAUUCGCUUAAUGGUCCCUAAAUUCUAUGAGCAUCUUGAAAAGCACAACGAUGCCAUGGAACUUUUAUUCUGCCAUAGAUGGAUAUUGUUAUGCUUUAAACGAGAAUUUACGGAAGCCGUUGCUAUUCGUAUUUGGGAAGCUUGCUGGGCAAAUUAUUUAACCGAUUAUUUUCAUCUCUUCGUUUGUCUUGCGAUUAUUAGUGCUUAUGCUGAUGACGUGAUUGCUCAGGAUCUACGAACGGACGAGAUGCUGCUUCAUUUUAGUUCCUUAGCAAUGUACAUGGACGGACAAUUAAUCUUAAGAAAAGCUCGCGGUUUACUGUACCAAUUUAGACAAUUUCCAAAGAUACCGUGCAGUUUAUUAAAGUUAUGCAGACGAUGUGGCCCAGGGAUAUGGGAUAGUGCUCAUCAUCCUGCUGUAGAAUGCAUAGGACACGAGGAAAACGAAAGAUGUGCUUUAGCCGAUAACUAAAUCAAAUUCAAUACUACAAAUAUGAUAAAACUCACCAAUCAUUAUUUAUUGUUAUAAUCAAAAGUGGAUAUACCUACAUGACAAACGAAUUAUAUCAAAAAGCAAAAGUAUUUAGAUUAAUAAUACAAGGGAUAACAGCUGAAAAUCAAGCAUCAAAUUAAAAAUGUCAAAAUUAACCGUCAAAAUAUUUUCAAAUUUUUACCGUUGAUUUUUUAAAGAAUCUCAAAACCCUACAACAGUAAAAGAGUUCAAAUUUUAACGUCUAAAAAGAUUUAAAUCUUAAAACAAUACAACAGUUUUGAGUAUAUACAUUUGUAGGGUUCUGAACGAAAUUCUCUCAAGGAAACUGACAUACAUCGAGUAACCGACCUUUUCUGAAGCUGCUGUCCCUUAAUAAUACUACAAGAUAUGAUAAUUUAAUUAAAUUAACCACCAACACACACGACAUCUUUGAAUAUAAAUGUUUAAUCAAAAGAAUACAAUGUUUUAACGAGGAACAAAAAAAAAGUGACGAGACAGUCAUGUAAAGUUGUAUUUAUUCAAGAUAUACCUGAAAGUCGUUAAAUGCUACACUUUCAUAAUGGAAAAGAUAAAUAAAAUUUACGCUU